UGGAACUAGUAAUUAUCUAGCAAUUAAAAUAGAAAUUCAAGACAUAGUUACUAAUCAGCACCAUUUUGCAGACAAUAAUAUCUUGAUAAAAGUGCUUAUUCCUAUCAUAGACGCUAUUGAUCGUCUUGAAUCUAAAGAUGCAAUAUUAGCUAAUAUUUUCAAGGAACUAGUAAAAGAAUUUGAUAAACUUCUACAAAUUAAUGUUGAAGAGGUAAGUAUGGAUAUGAAUAAUGAAUCAGUGGUAGAAAAUUUUUUCAUUAUCAAAACUUUUGAAUGGAGUCAAGAAUUAAGUGAAGAAAGCUUGAAUACUUUUUCUCAAAGGCAUAUCACCAGUGCCGCUGAAGAUUGGUCAAAUGAUGAUAUUUUCUUUUUACCUAACUACCCUACACUAGAAUAA